CUUCUACUCAUGACAACAUUAAACGACAUACAAGCGAUUUCUAAUUAUAGUUGUGCUAUUGGAAUUGGAGAUCGAUGGCAUAUAAUUGACAUUGAUGAACCUAUACAGUAAUUUCAAAGUCAAUCUCAACCGAGCAAGACAGGGACAGGACAUAUGGAGUAGGUUUCUCUCUUUCCAUCACAACCCUACUCGUUCGCUAUCAUUGGUUACACGUGAUAUUUACAUACAUUCAUCCUCCUUUCUCUAUGGUUCUUCUCACUCUCGCUACAACAAAAUAGAAUGAAUGAGGGAUCUCUUGCUAAUGUACUCAGGGGCAUCGAGUACAGCCAACGAUCUCGCCCGGGCGUUGAUUUCAACCACGCAACCUUUCCCUACUCACUCGAUGAGAGAGUCAGUCAAGCAGCUCAAUUUCAACGCGCAAAAGAAGAACUCGAAUCGAAACUCAAAUCCAUUCGAAACUUCUACGCGUCACCCCAUGCCCCAGCUCACUCGGGACCUCCCAACUGCACGCGAUGCAAAACCAAGAAUCGUCGCGUUGCCGAGGCCUACUAUGACUUCUACCAGGCGAACGCACCGUGGACCUCUGGUCGAGGCCGCGAGAAAGAAGAUCUGGAUAAGGUCUUUAACGAUGCAGAAGGGCCACAGUUGAAAGAAAUGCAUCGCAUUUUCCAGAGCGUCUUACGUGAACAUCUGAAGAAUGAUAUCUGUGCCACUCAGCCGGGUGACGACGCCGAUAUCAGCAAGUAUAAAUCCGCAACAGGAAACAUGUUGCGAAACGGCCGCGAUAUUCAAGACACCAUCAAGUACUACACCGAAUCCCAGCUUCAGUAUUCCAAGGUCCCCGGCACAGCGGAAUUCAUCAAAUCUCUGCAGGGCGCGAGGAAUCCCACGCAACGCGCUCAAGCAUACAUCAAUUUCUACUGCAAAAUUGAACCUGAAGACACACCUCAGCAAAAGAACUUCAAAAACAAAUACGCCCGCGUCUUCGAAAGUUUCACUCCCCACGACGAAGUCGUCAAAGCCAUGAAAAAAGAAGCCUCCGACACCCAAGCCAGCAAAGUCUCCGCCCUGCAGCAAGAAAUGGACGAACUCCAGAUGGCCUUCUCUGCCCACGUCAAAGCCAAAGCCAAGAAAGCCGAAAAGGAACAACGCAUCCACGACCGCGAACUCACGCCUCGCUACGUGAGUUGCAAUCUCGAAGAGUGUCCGCUGGACAGCAUCAACGUCUCCAACGAGGAAAUCAUCGAGUGCGCCAUCUGCGAGUGGCUGGAACGCAAAGGGAGGAGACGGGGACCUAUCUAUUAUUGUUCUGUCGAACAUGCGGAAGAGGACUUUGCGGAUCAUGAGAAGCAAGAGCAUUUGUGUUGUAUGGGGAGGAGUUGUACUUAUUAUCCGGCGAUUGGACCGGGUGGGGAGGGUAGGGUCGAUAGUACGGAUGUCUGUGGGAUUUGUUAUGACUGUGAGAUUCAUGAGGUGGUUAGCUUUUUUUGUUCGGAAGAGUGUUAUCGUGGGAAUUUGGUAAGUUCUCUAUUCUUUUCUUUUUUCCUGAGUGGAUGGGGUUUCCGGGAGGGAGGGGGAUGUGUGAAGGGGGUUGUGUGUGUGUAAGGACCAUGCUAAUUUCUAAAAGGACGCCCAUAGAGAACAAGUCCAUCACGAUAGAGAUAUUCCUAAUACGGCUAAACAUCUCAUCGCCUAUGAACCAGCCAAUGAUAUGGAGAUUUUACCAUAGCUGUAGUUGUAGCUGUAUCUAUAAUUCAUACCUGUACUAUACAAUAAAAUAAAGUCCAU